AUGGAUCAGUGGUACAGAAAAGCCCAGAGGCAGUGGUACAGAAAAGCCCAGAGGCAGUGGUACAGCAAAGCCCAGAGGCAGUGGUACAGAAAAGCCCAGAGGCAGUGGUACAGAAAAGCCCAGAGGCAGUGGUACAGCAAAGCCCAGAGGCAGUGGUACAGAAAAGCCCAGAGGCAGUGGUACAGAAAAGCCCAGAGGCAGUGGUACAGAAAAGCCCAGAGGCAGUGGUACAGCAAAGCCCAGAGGCAGUGGUACAGCAAAGCCCAGAGGCAGUGGUACAGAAAAGCCCAGAGGCAGUGGUACAGAAAAGCCCAGAGGCAGUGGUACAGAAAAGCCCAGAGGCAGUGGUACAGCAAAGCCCAGAGGCAGUGGUACAGAAAAGCCCAGAGGCAGUGGUACAGAAAAGCCCAGAGGCAGUGGUACAGAAAAGCCCAGAGGCAGUGGUACAGCAAAGCCCAGAGGCAGUGGUACAGCAAAGCCCAGAGGCAGUGGUACAGAAAAGCCCAGAGGCAGUGGUACAGAAAAGCCCAGAGGCAGUG